AGACAUGCGCGUUCCAGCCUCUCAUUGAAAGUUUGGGGAAACUCCUGCGGGCUGUUUGUCCGUGCAGCCCCAGGAUGAUGGCCGUGGUGCUGGGCAGCCUGGCUGCGGGGCUGCUGGCUCUGCUGUUUCUGCUCCUCCAGCUGGCUCGGGCUCGUCCCUUCCUCUGGGCAGAUCUGCGCUUCUACCUGAAACUGCAGCGGUACAAGCGGGCCGUGCAGGCUCGGGUGCGCCGGGGAAACUCCACAUUCCUGCACUGCUUCCGCUCCAGGGCGCAGCAGAGUCCCGGGAAAGCCUUCCUGGUGUCCCGGGAGCGCAGCCUGACGUACGGGGACGUGGACCGCCGGAGCGAGCGCUUCGCCCGGGUGUUCGGAGCCGCCGCGCGGCUGCGCAGGGGCGACGUGGUGGCGCUGCUGAUGAGCAACGAGCCCGACUUCGUGUGCGCCUGGUUCGGGCUGAGCAAGCUGGGCUGCACGGUGGCCUUCCUCAACAGCAACGGCCGAGCCCGGUCCCUGCGGCACUGCGUGCUCAGCUGCCGGGCCACGGCGCUGGUGGUGGGGCCAGAUUUGGUACCUUUGUUGGAGGAGGUGCUGACGGAUCUGAAGGAGGACAAUGUUGACUUGUGGGUGGUGGACCACACAUCACCCUCCAAGGAGUUCAACUGCUUACUUGAUAAGGUGGAAAACACGUCCGUAGAAACCUUGAGUGACAUCCCCAAGGUGGACAUCAUGUCUACCUUCCUGUUGAUCUUCACCUCGGGGACCACAGGUCUGCCCAAGGCCGCCCGUGUGGGCCACCUGAAAGCCAUCGGCAGCAUGGCCCUCUUUGACCUGUGUGGAGCCACCUCUGAUGACGUCUUCUACAUCACUCUUCCUCUGUACCACAUGUCUGCUUCCCUCUUAGCCAUCGGAGGCUGCAUACACCUCGGCGCGACAUGUGUGUUGAAGAAAAAGUUCUCUGCCAGUGGAUUUUGGAAGGACUGCUUGAAGCAUGACGUGACCGUGGUGCAGUACAUCGGCGAGCUCUGCCGGUACCUGCUCAACCAUCCCGUGGUUCCGGAGGAGAAAGCUCACUGUGUCCGGCUGGCAGUCGGAAGUGGUCUCAGGUCGGAUAUCUGGAGGAAGUUUAAGGCGCGCUUUGGGAUCAGUCACAUCCGAGAGGGUUACGGCAUGACGGAGACCAACGUGGGCUUCCUCAACUACACCGACGAGGUCGGGCCCAUUGGACGUGCCAGCUACUUCAACAAGCUUUCUGCUGCUUUUGAUCUGGUGAGAUACGACCCAGCGACGUGUGAGCCGGUCCGAACCAACUGUGGAAGAUGCAUACGAGCACAAACAGGCGAGCCAGGGAUCCUGGUUUCUCCCCAGACUGGGAUGAACCAGUUCCUGGGCUACGCUGGGAACAAGGUGCAGUCUGAGAAGAAGCUGCUCAGGGACGUCUUUGAAGCCGGGGACGUCUACUUCAGCACGGGAGACAUCCUGCUCCGCGACCACAGGGACUUUCUGUACUUCCGGGACCGCAUCGGAGACACGUUCAGGUGGAAAGGGGAGAACGUGUCCACCACAGAGGUGUCAGAGGUUGUGGGUCUUCUGGAUUUCAUCCAAGAGGCCAGCAUCUACGGCGUCUCCAUACCAGGACACGAAGGCCGAGCAGGUAUGGCUGCCGUUGUGAUAAAGCAGGGCCUCACCUUGGAUGGAAGGAAGCUCUACGAUCAUUUAGUGGAAACACUUCCUGCGUAUGCCUGGCCCCGCUUCCUCAGGAUACAAACGUCUCUGGAUGUGACGGAGACAUUCAAGCAGCAGAAGCUGAAGCUGGUCCAGGAAGGCUUCGAUCCUGACGUCGCUCCUGAUCCUCUGUACUUCUUGGACGUCUCUCGGAAAGACUUGAUUCUCCUCACAGCAGAUCUGUAUCAGGACAUUGUGUCUGGAAAGACCCGUUUAUGAAGUCUUCGGGAGGUUCCUGCAGGUUUUUAGACAGUAUUUGUAUCCUUGUGUUCAUGUUGCCCAUUAGUGUUGUAUAUGAAUAUGUGACCAGUUCAGCAGUGACGAGAACGGAAACAUGUCCGUGUAAACCUGGUUCCUGCUCUCAUAGACACCACUGAGACGUUCCGCCAAUCACUAUUCCACUUCUUCUCAAGAUGUAGAAAAGAUUGUACUUAACACCGUCCUGCAAUUAUCAAAGAAGCAGCUCCAGCUUUAUUCAUGAAUCUUACUUCAUAUCCUCUGCAGGUGCGUUUGGUUGGAGUUACACCAUCAACUAAUGUACUAAUGUAAUGCUGGUUCUCUCAGGGGGGUGUCAUUACUUUCUACUCAAGGAAAUGAGUGGCUGUGUGUGUGUGUCGGGGGGGGGGGGUAUUUUCAGGAGCAGCUAUAUUUUCAGUAUAACGGUUGUUUGUUUCUGCAAUCAUAUAUUGAACUGAUCUUCCGUCUAACUCAGAAUGCACACUGACAAAGUCUCUGUGUUCAGCCGACUCUUCACUACGCAACAUUUUUUCUGCACUUGUUAACAGUGAUGACUGUAAAUCAGGAGAGAUCUAAUAAGAAAGUUCUUACAAGUCUACUUUCUCACAACAUGCCGUUGUUUAGUAUUAACAAUUCAUUCUGGUUUCGUUGUGGUGGAUGCAAACAGCAGAAAACAUCCCUUUUCUACUUGUGAAACUUGAACAAUGUGAAUAAAUAUAGUUAUCAGCUCAUGAAAAUGUUACAUUUUAGGUCUCAUCUACACCCAUCAAGACCACCAACACUACGAAAGUCCUUCUCAUAUUUACAUGAUAGGUUUAACCCGAUGUUUAAACUGGUUCUGCAAGCUUGAUUGUCUCAGACUGUUGGACGUUAAAGGAACUGAACCAGUGAUGCAGAAGCUUGUUAGUAAAAUUCUGCAAAGUAUUAGACAACGAAUUUUCUAGCAUUUGUAUAACAAGUUUAACACUUUUUUUAAAAAGAAAUAUAGAAGUAUUAGAUCAGACACAAUCAUAAAGGAAAAUAUGUUACAAAUUUGGCAAUAAUUUUCUAAUGUCCUACAAAGUUCAGAGUUGAAGAGGAGACAAACAACAUUCCAGAGAUGAAUUAGUCUCCAAAUGUCUGCAGUGAUUACUCAUCUGAACAUGUUCCAACAGUGAAGAGAAUAAUGUCUUUACUAUAAACAUUAUUACUGUUUUUCUUUUUUUCAGGAUUUAACUGUAAUUGAUUUUGUUUUUUUGUUUGUUUGUAGGUUUGUCAGUUUUACAGAUUUUUUUUUUUCACAUCUAUGGUCAAAUUAGAAUUCCUUUAUUAAUUUAUUAUCAGAUGUUUAUUUGCUGGUUGAACUGGAAUUAAAGAUAGAAUGUGUUAACACACUGGGUUGUGUGUGUGGGUCUUUGUGGAUGGAUACACCCUCACACACAUAGCCACACAACUUUUUUUCACUGAACUUUAUUUUUCACUUUAACAAAAACAUGUCCAUCUUCUCCAGACUAAUCGUGACAUCUGUUGCUGUUGUGAAGUGGUUUCCAAGCGUAAGGGGGAAUGGAACUAUCCACCAAAAUCAGUUUUUAAACAAAAUUAGGCAAGAAGCAAACAAUAUUGAUGCAGAAUUCUAAGUUGUAGUAUAAUAUGUAAAAAAAAAAAAAUAGGAAAUGAAUUGUUAACUGCAUGUACUUUGUGUACAUUACAUCUGCAUGGAUAUACAAACAAAUACAUAAUAAAGUAGGUUUUGUUGUUUUAUGUUUUGUCAUUUGUGUAACUGUUUUGUCCCUCCUGUCAUACGAUACAUGUCGCCUGUUCGGUCAUUCAGUGUGAUGUUGUGUUCAAGUUGCUUGGAAUUUAGAAUUUAUCUACCGAAACUACUUAAAUGGACCUCGGCUAGUGUGAUGCACACAUUAAAAAAGUUCAGGGCUCCCUUACUUUUCUUUUUGUUUCAAUUUCAACAAAAAAGAUCAGCUAUACAGUUAACUUCAGUAAAUAAAUGAGCGACUAAGACCCACUUAGGCAGACUACUUUGUCUCACAACAUAAAGACUUUAAGUUAACGAGGUCAGUUGGGAGAAGUAGAACUUGUACAUACCGAUUUCCAAGUUCUUACUGGGGGCAACUCUUACAGCGGUUUUAUUUUCUAGUGCAGUGGAAAAUAUACAUGUAAAAAUUAUGCAACGUAUCAUUGCUCUAGCUUUUCUGUCUGUGAAGAGGACAAUACUUCGCAAGCCAAACUGCUUUCAUAAAUACAAUUGGCUAAAGGACUUUUCGGAUUUAUUGUCAAUGGAAAAGGCAACCUCAAUCCUUAAAGACAAUGAAAAUGACCAAUUUGCCCCAUGGACUUGAAUUAGAGAACACCUGAGAAUAAUAGAACCAUAACAUGACCUAUUGUGUUGGUCACAUGCUUUUUAUUUUAUUUUACUUAUUUUUCUUUUAGAGCUGGACCUGAACUGACGCUAGAGGCUCCAUCAUCUCUAAAGUUUAUCUCUACCAACCAUUCCCCCCAACCCCCUUGUCUUUCUUUUUUUUGUGUUAUUGUAAUGUUUUUCUUCUUGUUAUGUGAAAU